GCAUUGAUUGGUUAACGGGUUGACUGUUAUGUGUAAAAGGCAUUCACAUAUUGAAUGCAGUGUUGGAUAGUAUAGUGUUUGAGUGUAUAGUGUAUUGAAUACUACAGUAGAGUACAGUCUAUACUAUAGACAGUGUAUUCAGUGUUUAAUAUAUUGAAUGACUGACUGUUUGUCUCAAUUUCUUUGUGUUCGCCAUUGCUUUACAUAUGUAUUGACAUUAAGUCGUAACUCAAGAGUGGUGUUCAGUGAUUAUCACUAAAACACUUCCCAAUUGAAUUAAUUAAACUAAUAUCUGACCAGCGAUUGAUUGCGUGUCUGUAUGUGUGUUGUCGGCCAUCUCUGACCCGAAUGAAUGUUAAGACGAAUAAUGAAUCGCUGUUUUGGUACGAGUUUUCAUAAUGAAGACCUCAUGUAUGGACUCAUUGGACUCACUUUCGGCUGCCAUUAAUGCCAUCAACACUACUAUAUCUGUAGAUUUUAAUAAACGUCUUUACAAAUCACAACUCAACCUAUUGUUAAAGUUAAAAAGUGAUUUUGGCUUUGAAUGCGAACGUCAGAUCUAUCGGUGUUUGUUUACGAACAUCACAUCGUCAAGUGAUCCACAAAGAAGUGCUUUAUUGGAGCAAUUGUUGGCCGACUUAGACUUGUUUUCGUCGGCCAAUUGGGUGACACUUAUUAAAUACUCUGUGAAAGGACUCGAUAUUACAAAUGUUGAUAAUAUUUGUAAAUGUCUUAAACUGAAUGACACUCAAAGGACUGCCUUUCAGUUGGCUCUGAUAGACAAGAGUCAGCUCACGUGUCUUAAUAGUGUUGAUUUUGCGGAACAAUUAUCCAUUAGGGACUCGACUUCAUUGAAUCAAUUGACACAUUUUAAUAUUACACAAACAAAGAACUUUAAACACAAAUCUUGGUCUCAAAGCUUAACCGAAGAUUUAAAAUUGAGUGACACUAUACCCUCAAAUAGCCGUUUCUUGUAUUUACCAUACAUUGAGGAUUUGCUAAAAGACAUGUCUACUCAAAUGGAGAGUUUAUCUUUGGCCUCGAGUGCCGGUAGUUUGACUGACGAUCAGAUCGCAGGAAUGAUUGUCAAUGAAAGUGGUGUGUCGUUAACUGCAGAUGUAGUCCAACAGUUCAAUGUUACGCCAAAACUUUGUGCAAAAAUUUUGUGCGCCAUUUGCGAAAAUUCUCAAAUACGUGCUUCUGAUGGUCAACAAUCUGGUCAACAACGAUGUGAAGAGAUCGACACAUUUGCUGAUAUUUGUCGUGAAAUAAUGUCUUCAGCUUCUCCUUUGACUGAAAUAAUUCAAGUUAUAGAUUGUGAAGCAUUUGUUGCAAACGCUAAGAGAAUGUUUGGCAAUCUAUCGUUUAAUAAAAAUAAUUAUACUUUUCAUCGAUUUUGGCAAUUCUGUAUCAAUUUGUGCGCUACUGAUAAACAGGGUUUAUCUGUAUUGGGCGUCACAUUCUUCCACAAGUUAUGGACAAAUAAUAUUGAAUUUCAAUUUGGAUUUAUAGUUCAGUGCAUUAAAAAUCAUUUAAUUGGCAAAAUUAUAUCCACUUCUCCCACAAGUUUAUCCGGCAGUGACGGGUCUAUCGAUCAAUUAGUGUCACAUUUAGAUGUGUUGAAAUGUCAACCAGACUUUGAAUCGUCACCUGAACUGAAUUCAUGGAAAUAUCAACGAUUCUAUCAGAUAUUAGUCGACUUUUGUACAAUUAAUUACAAUUCAAUGCAAUCACAAAUGAGUUCAGUCUUUUACUCGAAUGUGAUGGAGUUAUUCAAAUGGCCACUUCAACAGUGUCCAGAUCUUGUGGCUCUUGGUUUGUUAGGCUGUAGAGACGGUUCGUCGACCAUUAAGAACGAAUUACUUAAUUUAGCGAUACCUGUGUUUCUGGGAAAUCAUGCAAACGCUGCCAUUAUAUUGCAUACAAUAUGGAAUACAAACGAAUUGACACCAAAUGCUAAUCAAAAUACCAACAAUUGGGCCAAACAAGUGUUACUUCAAGGAAUGUGUGAUUAUUAUAUUAAGUCACCUCAUGAGGAACAACAGCAAAGAUUGUCUCGUAUACUGGAUGUGGCACAAGAUCUCAAAGCUUUAAACAUAUUGCUUAACGGCACGUGUUUUCCAUUUGUCAUUGACUUGGCCUGUCUGGCAUCAAGACGUGAAUAUCUUAAAUUAGACAAAUGGCUUAAAGAUAAGAUUGAGUGCAAUGGCGAAAGUUUUGUCAACGCAUGUAUUCUGUUUCUCACUCGUAGAUGUCCGGCAUUGUUAGGCGCCGGAAGUCCAACCGAUAGCGCAAGUAUGACACUACCAGCAGAAACAUUGGCCACAAUGUUAUCCUGUUUACAACAAAGCAUAAGCAUUGCAGGCAUUACUACCGGUACUCUAACAACUACUCAAUCCAUGUCUAAAGAAGUUACCGAUGCUGUCUUAACAAUGGUGGCCAAUUCAACACGUCUUAUAACAAAACUUCCCCGACAAGGACCGCCGGGAGUCGUACCAAUGAUAGCACCUACCAGUACUACUCGACCAACUUUGCCUUCAUUACCACAAUCAGUUAUCGGUGAUCUUGGAUUAGGUAAUUUGAAUAUUAGCCAAACUCCUGACACAACUAAUUCAACAUUUGCGCCAUCAAUUCGUUCAUCAUUUAAUGCUCUGGGACUAAGUUCACAACAAAAUCUAAAUAAUAAUACAUUGAAUGCUAAUUUGCAAAGUGCGCAAAGUAUUAAACAAAAUGAUUGGGCGACCAUUUUCCCAGAAAUGCAACAAAAUGUUAGCGUAGAUAUUGAAGAAGAAGCCGAUUCAUACUUCCAAAGAAUCUAUAAUCAGCAACAGUCAGGAAGUUUGUCCAUCGAUGACGUGCUUGAUAUGCUUCGCCGCUUUCAGGACUCGCCAGCUAAGAGAGAACGAGAAGUGUUUAUUUGUAUGAUUAGAAACUUAUUUAAAGAAUAUGGAUUUUUCCCGCAAUAUCCCGAUCGGGAACUACUAAUAACAGCUCAACUGUUUGGAGGUAUCAUUCAAAUGGGUUUAGUCAAGUAUAUGGCACUAGUGGUGGCUCUGCGAUACGUUUUGGAGGCUUUAAGGAAACCUCACGGAAGCAAAAUGUAUUACUUUGGUAUUGCAGCACUCGAUCGCUUCAAGUCUAAGCUUAAAGAUUAUCCCCUAUAUUGUCAACAUUUGGCACAAAUAACACAUUUUAGAGAGUUUCCGCCGCAUCUCAUUGAAUAUAUUGAAUGUGGCACUCAAUCAAUGGAACCAUCGAUGAGACCCGGACUCAAUACAACACCCGUUGGAAUUCCAUCUCUUGCUGGAUCUACUGCUGCUACUAAUUCUGGUUUAGCAUCAGCUAUGCCUCAAUUAAGCAGUAAUUUGAAUUCAACGUUAAAUUUAUUGAACCAAAAGGUAGUUCAGCCACCAAUUACAACCACCAUUACUACUGUGGCUUCGAUGACUACUAUCACAACUACUACAUCUAUUAAUACAUCAGUUAUGUCAACAACAAAUAACUCGCGUCCUUCAAUAGCAAAUGCCACAAAUAUUGACACAUUAUUAGCUGCGGGAGAGACAAUGUAUACCGUUCCUCCCGAUACUAUUCAAGACAAGAUUGCUUUUAUUAUCAACAACUUAUCACAACUCAAUCUUACGAUCAAAACUGAAGAGUUCAAAGAAGCGAUUGGAAAUGACGAUCAAUAUAAUGGUUGGAUCGCACAGUACUUUGUGAUGAAGAGAGCAUCAAUUGAGCCUAACUUUCACGCUCUUUACGCUAAUUUUAUUGAAAUGUUAAAAAUGCCUGAAUUAACAAAAAUUGUUUUGAAUGAAACUCAUAGGAAUAUCAAAGUUUUGCUGAGCAGUGAUAAAGAGAUCGCCAACUUUAGUGAUCGAUCAUUACUUAAGAACUUAGGUCAUUGGUUAGGAAUGCUAUCAUUGGCUAAGAAUAAGCCAAUUCUCAGUGUCGACUUAGAGCUUAAGAAUUUAUUAGUAGAAUCCUAUCACAGAGGAACUCAAGAACUUCUAUACAUUGUUCCAUUCAUUGCAAAAAUUUUGGAAAGUUGUGCAAAAUCUCGUGUUUUCAAACCACCGAAUCCAUGGACAAUGGCUAUUAUCAGAGCUCUGGUUGAGUUACAUCAGGAACACAAUAUUAAACUCAAUCUUAAGUUUGAAGUGGAAGUAUUGUGCAAAACAUUAAAUAUAGAUAUAAAUACAUUGAUUGGAAAAUCAAAUGCUUUAAAAGGAGAAUUGUAUACUAAAAUUGAUCAUCAAUUGGGUGGCGCAGCAAAAAUUGUGACUUCAAUACCUUCAUUACCCGAUCAUACACUUACACUUACAACUCAUCACCACACACCACAUACACCAUCUCCUGCACCACAAUUAAUGCCAGCUCAUACACAAGUACCAACUAUGCCAAUGCCUAUGCCAAUGACUAUGCCUAUGACUAUGCCAAUGCCAAUGACAGCUCCAGUACCUAUUGGUGGUACACAAUUAAACUCACCGGGCAUUAAACUUUUUGAUUACAAUGAAAUCAAUGUAAACAAUACAAACGGAUUUUUGCAGCACAUUGUAGUUCAACCGAAUUUACAACUUCUUAAUCUUAAUCCAGCUCUUAAACAACUGGUUAGACCUGCUAUUGAGCGAGCAGUUCAAGAAUGGAUUGUACCGGUGGUUGAGAGGAGUAUGAAAAUAAGUUUGACAACCGCUGAGAAUAUCAUCAAAAAAGAUUUUGCUUUAGAUCCCGAUGAGAACCAUAUGUGUGUUGCCGCUCACUAUUUGACCAGAAAUUUAACGGCUGGUAUGGCUAUGAUUACUUGUAAAGAUCCGUUGUUUAUGUCCAUCAAAACUGCACUCACGAAUGCAUUUGUUAAUCGAUGUCAAGUUUCCAAAGAACUUAUUGAAGCUACAGCUCAUACCAUAGCCACCGAUAAUAUUGAUCUGUGCUGUUGUUUCAUCCAAAAAACUGCUAUUGAAAAAGCUUUGAUAGAAUUGGACAGAAAGUUGAAGACUGAGUAUGAAAUGAGAAGAGCCGCCAGAGCUGAAGGUCGUCGUUAUUGCGAUCCAGCAGUUCUUACAUAUCAAGCGGAAAGAAUGCCCGAAGCUAUUCGUCUUAAAGUAGGUCCAGUCACUCAACAACAAAUGAAUGUCUACGAAGAAUUGGGUAGAAAUAUUCCCGGAUUUUUGUCGCCCAUCACCGAUAGUCCCAAUUCUAUGUCAAAUGCUCUCACUGGACAAGUAGUUAGUUCUGCUGCUCCUUCUAUGUCUCAAUUUAAGCCAACAUCAAUGCCAUCAUCAAAUUUGGCAUCAAAUUUUGUCACAGAUAUGCCACCAGUUCCGCCACAAGCAGCCGAUGCAGCACUUGUUGCCAUUUAUGACAAAUUAAUGAAUGAAUUAGAAGUUUUGAUGGGACAGUUCAGUCAAAUUCAAUUCAUGCCAUCGGAACCAUUUGUAAAUAGUAUUCGAUCUAUUGCUGAGACAUUGAUACUCGCCCGUCAAAAUCCAAGAGAUAUCAUGUGUGCGCUUACAUUGAUUCAAAAAGUUUUAGAAGCCAUUCAAGAAUUGUUGACAAAUGUAGAUCAAACAGGAGUGGCAGAUAUGAUGGUCAUCGGACGCGCACGCGAUAUAUAUUUAGUUAUUCUUAAAGCUCUGUCUGAUCCGCGGGCUUUCACACAUCAAUGGACAACAAAACAGAUUACACGUCUUGUGUUGGAUCGUUUGUUUAAUUCAUCGACCGGACCGGCACUUCCCGAUGAACUUCUGGAGAUACUUAUUAGAGCACAACUAAUAAACUUUCAGAUGAUGGACAUUCAUUUGGCACAACUAAUAGAGUCAACCCAAAAUCCAGUGGCUCUGGCUUUUACACUUCAAUUUAUUAAAAUAUAUGGCCAUAACUUUAGUGAAACCGAUUUUCCCAAUACUAUUGAAAAUUUAAUUCGCUUGAGUAAAGUAUCAAAUCACCCAUUAAUGGCUGAAAUUCAGCAAAUUGUUGAUAUACUUCGUGGUCCUCAAUCUGGUCCCGUUGGAGUCAAUAAUGAAGUUCCGACAAAUAUGGUUCAAAUGCACGACGCGGUGAACCAAACGCGUCAGUUCGAUGUCGAUCCUCCCGGUCUUCUCGAGAAAACUGAACGACUUCUAAGAGAAUGGAUUCAAUUAUAUCACUCUCAGGCAAAUACCAGUAAGAUAUUCCAAUUCUAUGUCCAACAAAUGAAUCUUCAGGGAAUUUUAAAGACCGAUGACUUAAUCACUCGAUUUUUCCGAUUAUCCACUGAAAUGUGUGUUGAAUUGUGUUAUCGCAUACUCAAUGCCGCCGCACAAACACCCGGCCAAUCAAAUAUUAUUGAUGUCCGCUCCAAAUGUUUUCAUACAUUGGAUGCCUUUACCCAUCUCAUAGUAAUGCUUGUCAAACAUAGUGGUUCCUCAUCUGCUGCUUCGGGUGCCGCUUCUGAAACCACCGCAAAACUGAAUCUUUUGAAUAAAGUUCUGAACAUAAUUGCUGGUGUGGCCACUCAAGAUCAAGACAUAAGACAAGCCGAUUUCCAACACUUACCAUAUUAUCGUAUAUUUGUAUUGCUUUUCAUGGAGUUAGUCUUAGGGCCAACCAAUUUAGGACUUCCCGGAUCGGUUUUAUUACAACACAAUCAAAUUGGAUUGGGUCUCAAUCCAUCACAAUUAGACCCAUUGCUCGAAUCAAUUCAAUAUCAAGUAUUGACCGCUUUCUGUAAUACACUUCACAUAUUGAGGCCAUCAAAAGUGCCGUCAUUUGCAUUCGCAUGGCUCGACUUCAUUAGUCACCGAACAUUUAUGGAGAAGUGUCUGUUAUCGGGAUCUAUAAAUACUGGAACACCAACUAAAGGAUGGCAAAUGUACGCCCAAUUAUUGGUCGACUUAAUUAAAUUUGAGGCCCCUUUCCUUCGAAACGUGGAAUUACCACAAUCUAUGGAUUCACUCUAUAAAGGCACUUUGAAAGUCUUUUUGGUUCUAUUGCAUGACUUUCCAGAAUUUCUAUGCGAAUAUUGUUACGGAUUAUGUGAUGUCAUCCCUUGUAAUGCCAUUCAAAUGCGUAAUCUUGUAUUGAGUGCAUUCCCGCGAAACAUGAGACUUCCGGAUCCAUUUACACCAAAUUUAAAGAUUGAUUCACUCAAUGAGAUAACACAACCGCCGCGUGGAUCUACAACUUUGGCUACUUUUGGAACUCAAGUGUUUAAAAAAGAUUUGGAUUCUUAUCUUCGCAGUCGAAGUCCAGUUGCUUUUUUAAGUGAUUUGCGAGGAUAUCUCCAGCAAUCUGUUCCCAACAAUGCCGCCGAUUCGGCUCAUUAUAACAUACCAUUAAUUAAUGGCUUAGUUUUAUAUGUGGGGCAAUCAGCAAUUCAAUCGCUUCCGGCCAAAAGUAUUAGUAUGUCAUCAAUAUCUCAUUCAUCACAUAUGGAUAUCUUUCAAAACUUGGCCGUCGCUCUCGACACUGAGGGUCGCUAUCUAUUUUUGAACGCAAUCGCCAAUCAGUUGCGUUAUCCCAACUCUCACACUCAUUACUUCAGCUGUACUCUACUCUAUCUGUUUGCCGAAUCCAAUACCGAAGCAAUUCAGGAACAAAUAACACGAGUCCUAUUAGAGCGUCUAAUUGUCAACCGUCCCCAUCCAUGGGGUUUGUUAGUGACAUUUAUUGAGUUAAUAAAGAACCCAACGUUUAAGUUCUGGAAUCACGAAUUUGUCAGAUGUGCUCCAGAAAUUGAAAAAUUGUUUGAGAGUGUUGCCCGUUCUUGUAAUGGCACUUCUCAUAGAGGAACGGCUGGCACAGGUCCUUCAACUGCCGACGGAAACCUAGCGAUUCAAUCAAAUCAAAUGCCAUGAAUUUAAUGGCAAUUUAAGCUUUAAAAUGACACUAUUUUAUAUAAUUGUGAAUAUAUUUGAAUACAUAUUUGGAUAAAACAUUUGUUUGUUCAUAAAAUUUUAUCAUUAUUGAUAUUAUUA